CGAUCUGUUUCAUCAUUUCACAUACGAAUGCUAACCAGAACUCAUACAUAUAUAUCACUUGCUUAAAUUGCUUCAACUUCAUCUCAUAGCUGCAACACCAAGCUAACAUUCCAUAUAUCAAAGAUCAUGACGACCACAGAAAUGCACGUACACAUUGAUUGCCCCGGAUGCGAGGACAAAGUCAGGAAAGCUCUCACAAAUCUCAAAGGAGUGGACAGUGUAGAUAUAGAUAUGGAAAUGCAAAAAGUGACGGUAACAGGUUGGACGGAGCAGAAGAAAAUUCUCAAGACGGUGAGGAAAACCGGACGGAGGGCGGAGAUAUGGCAGUUGCCCUACAACCCGGAGCUCCGAAACAGCAACUACAACCUCAGUGGAGGUCAGCACAUGAAUCAUGGAGGUGUUGCGCCCUAUGUAACGCAGCAACCCGUGGCGUCAUCCUCGUAUAACUACUACAAGCAUGGCUAUAGCAUUAGUGGACAUGGGACUCAUUCUCAGUAUAAUCAUUAUUCCACCUCCCAUUCCUCUGCGGGAUCCAUUUUUGGGCACCAAACUGGAGCUGCUUUUAGCGACGAAAAUCCUAAUGCAUGUUCUGUCAUGUGAUGAAGUGACUUACAAGUUACAAACACCAAUAUAAAGGUUUGGAGUGAUUUGUAAGGCUAUUACAACCAAGUCAUUAUGCAUAAGCAUUAAUGAAUUGAAUAGCAUUUGCAUGUGUUUUUUUUGGAUUUUCGUAUUAUAUAUGUAUUGUAAUGUUAUAUAAAUGUCAAAAAUCACUUUUGUUUAUUGAG